AUGUGUGGGACCAGGGGAGUGGGUAGGAGCCAGGAGGAAUGUGCGGGGAGGGGGCUGUGCGGGGCGGAUGAAGGGGUGCGGGGCGGGGGCGUGCGGGGAGGGGGUUGCGGGGCGGGGAAGGGGUGUGCUGGGCGUCAGGCGCUGCGGCCGGCGGGCCCCGGCGCUGCUGAGCGAGAGAAAUGUGAGGCGGCUGCACCACUGCGGCGGCACUGCGGGCGGCUGCGGGAGCGCGCAGCAGCGCUCGCGCCGCCGGGCCCCGGGAACGGCGGGCACGGAGCCGCCGCUGCCUGCCCGCUGCUGCCCGCCGCUGCCUGCACCUGCCGAGGGGCACAGGGGGGCCUGGCAUCAGCCCCCCGCUGCCUGCGCUGCCGGCCGGGGGUGUUGCAUCAGCCCCGCGCCCAGCCGGGGUCCGCGGCCGGGGGCGGAGGGGGGAGCCGGGGGAGGGCACGAAGGAGCCCCCCGGAGCGGCAGCGGCCGUACCUGCCGGCUCCCCCGGCCGCCGGUCCCCGCCGAGCAUCCGGAGCAACCCGGAGCCGCCAGCCCCGGCCCCUGCGCCCGGUCCCCUCCCCGCGCCGCCGCGGCCGCGGCCGGAGCAGGCGGCGGGGCCGGGGGCGGCCGGCCAGGACCAUCCCCGUGAAGCCGCGCCUCGGAGCCGCCAGCAUCCUCGGGGAGCCGCGCACGGCCGCGGCAGCGCCGCGUCCCCUGCCUUUCAGAUAA